CAGGUUUGUUGUUUCUCGGCGCCUUCUCCUCUCUGAAUAAAACGAGUCAGAUCGAAGCUGAAUUUAAUCCACUUCCUCUUUUUACACUCUGUGUUUAGGAAACACCUGCUUCACACACCCAGAAGUCACCGAGGGAGACACGAGGCUCAGAAAACAAACUGAAAUGUCCCUAAGAAUCCCCCCGACCCACAAAAACACACCUGACGUGAAGCUAAGACGCACAACAACACACACAAAAACACAAAGACACGAGUGCUGAUGGUGUGUAAGUGUGAUGGAGGGCGAUGGGGAGGCCGAGGUCAGUGUUGUGUGACUGUGACAGACUGAUGCACUUGAGAAUAUCACCUCAGUGCAGGCGGUAUGUAAAGCAGAUGAGGUUCCUGUGUGUGUGUUGAGGAUUUAAUGUCACAAGUGAGUGAAGAGAGCAGCCGUGAAGACGUUGAACCCAUGGGCCUGAAAAAUUCCCACCCCAAGUUGUUCCCGGGAGACAUCGUGGAGUAUCCCAGGAACAAGUUCUUCUCUCAUUUCGCCAUCUACUACGGAGAGAGAGACGGCGUUCCCUACGUCGCUCACCUGACCUGCCGAGAUUCAGACACCAAGCUGCUGCUGUACGGUCGAGCUCUGAGGUCAGAGGUCAAACUGGAUCCCCUGGAGAUGCUGGGGACAAAGUACAAGGUCAACAACAUGUUUGACGAGGUGCACCCCGCCAGAGACUUCCACAACGUGGUGAAGCAGUCGAUCGACGACAUGAUGGGCCGCGAGGUGACGUUCGACAUCCUGUUUCACAACAGCGAGCACCAGGCGACGCUCUUCAGAUACGGAGUCAAGAAAUCUGAACAGAUAGACAAGAUUUAUGAGCACAUCAUGCCGGCCUGGAAGAAGCUGUUUGAAGAGAAAAAACUGUAAAAACUACUUAAUGUUCAGUUCUCGUCUCAGCCACUGGAGGGCGACGUCGCUCCUCCUGGUGCGCUCUCUUCUGACGGAGAGCUGUCAAAUAUGAUAAUCAUUCGAAAAAUAAAGUUGUUAGAUCACAAAAAAAGUUUGGAUAAAAAUGUUGUAUUUGGACCAACAGAUUAGACACAAACACAUUAUUAUUAUUAUUAUUAUUAUUAUUAUUAUUAUUAUUAUUAUUAUUAUUAUAUAAAUGUUUGUAAUCUCAAAUUUCAUGUACUGCAAAAAUGGAAUACAAGCUGCACAUUGUUAGCACCUAUGCUAAUUAUUUAAAUCAGGGGAUUCAAACAACAACGCAGGCCAGUAACUACUUAAUAUCUGAUUAAUUUUACAAAAGAAAUCAGUCUUUAUAAAUCUUUUAUCAAAAGGUUUCCAGAUUAACUCCUGCUGGUUUCAUUUAUUUCAGUUUUCAUGUUUAAUGUUAAAACAUUUUUGUUCAUCAUUUAUCAUCUCGCUAUCUGGAUUUUCUGAUUUGUUUUGUUGCUUUAACUUAAAUGAACCAACAGAUCUUUGUCAGAUCUUCACUUUAUAAAUAAAGUUAUUUGAAACGUUCA